AUGGAAGAAAUCUGGGAAAUUGUGGAGGACAUUUUGACACUCGUGCAGCAAGUUGACGACAGUUCAUACGAGAAUUUGGCAUUAAAAGGAACAGCUGUACAGUCAUCCACAUAUUCCACUUGGGGAGCUGCAAAUGCCAUCGACGGCAUCAGAUACGCUCCAGGUUUAGCCUCAAGCUGCUCCCACACAGAUAACGAUCUCAACCCGUGGUGGAGGCUGGACCUGCUGGAUUCUUACUACAUUUACAACGUGUCCAUCACCAACAGAAAGGACUGCUGUUCGGAGCGCAUGACUGGAGUUGAGAUCCGCAUCGGAAACUCUCUGGAAAACAACGGCAAUAACAAUCCAAGAUGUGGUGUCACUUCAUCUGUCCCAGCCGGCAGUUCUGUCAGUUUCUCUUGCGGUGGAAUGGAAGGUCGUUAUGUGAACAUGUACAUUCCUAACAUCCAGGAGUAUCUCACACUGUGUGAGGUGGAGGUUUAUGGAACAGACUCUUGUGAAGACUUCAUAUGACCCAGCACCUGUGAGUAGAUGAUGGCUACCCUGCAAGGACUCCAGAUACAAAAUUAUGACAUUUUCAUUGGUUUAAAAUGAACACAAAGUUUGCAAUGUGAAUGCAUAUCUGGUAUUUGUAAAUACUAUAAUUUGAAUUAGAUUUCAACUGUUCUGAUACAAGGUCAUAUAAAGACUAUUCUGAUUUUGUAACAGA